GUCCCUGCACAUAUAUCUUCUCGUCCCUUGUCGAGCAUGAGAGCAUUCAUACUUCAUCUCAACAGACAGUCUUGCUUCUAGCGUCCCAAUCCAAUUUCCAGAAAUCAUGGCUAAGCCGUACGACAAUGUCAACGAAGAACAACUUCAACAAGACGCCGAUGCUUCACUACUUCACUAUGUAAAGCCAGCAAUGCGAAAUAGUCCGUUGCUUGUCUGACAAACAAUCAGGGCACAGCAUUCCAUCCGUCGAUAAUCGCCCACGCGUCAGGUCGCUCGAUCACGACUGCUAGUGGCCAUACCAUGUUAGACUGGACCUCAGGACAGAUGUCGACUCUCAUCGGGCAUGGAAACCCGGAAAUCGUCGCUACAAUCCAGGAACAUGCUCAGCAUCUGGACCACUUGUUCUCGGGAAUGCUCUCACCUCCUGUCAUUAAUCUCGCGAAGAGACUUACUUCGGUAACACCUCCGGGUCUUGACAAAGCCCUCUUCCUUUCCACAGGGGGGAAGUUCGAGAUUGUUGGUCUGGCCUCUUCCUGGCAUGGUGUUACUAGCGGUGCAAUUGCCGCGCAGUACCAUUCUGGCCGUGCAGGCUACGGUCCCAAUAUGCCGGGCAACCUUUGCUUGCCAACACCGAACAGCUAUCGAUCCAUCUUUCGUCACCCAGAUGGAUCGCAUGACUGGAAGACCGAGCUCGACUACGGAUGGGAACUUGUCGACAAGCAAUCUUGCGGUAGCCUAGCUGCAGUCAUCCUGGAGCCUAUCUUGAGCAGUGGUGGCAUGUUGGUCCUUCCGCCUGGCUACUUGAAAGCGAUGAAACAGCAUUGUGAGAAGCGUGGCAUGCUCCUUAUUAUUGAUGAGGCCCAGACGGGCAUUGGUAGAGCAGGAGACAUGUUCGCUUUUCAACACUUUGCGGAGGAUGAGGGUGUGGUGCCAGACAUCUUGACCUUGAGCAAGACUUUGGGCAACGGCCUUCCUCUCAGUGCAGUUGUGACGAGCGAUCGCGUCGCCUCGUUCGCGAAGGAAAAUGGUUAUCUUUUCUACACAACGCACAUCAACGAUCCGCUGCCGGCAAGUGUUGGCGACAAAGUUCUUGAGAUCGUCGUCCGGGACAACUUGGUCGCACGAUCUCGCGAGCUGGGAGAGAAGUUUCAACAAAGACUGCGCAUUCUACAAUCUCGCUAUGGCUGCAUUGGCGAUGUUCGCGGGAGAGGUCUUAUGGCAGGCAUGGAGAUCGUGGCAGACCGCGAGACUAAAGUAGGUGAUCCAGAGCUUGGUAGUGCGAUCGCAGACAAGAUGGGCGAGUUAGGUUUGUGGGCUCAGUUGAGCACAAUGCCGUCUUUCGGCGGAGUGUUUAGGUUGGCACCUCCAUUGACGACCACCGACGAAGAGCUCGAGCGGGGGCUGAGUAUCAUUGAAGAGGCUCUUGCGACGACGCCGGGGACCAAGCCACAGUACCAGAAGGAUGAGCCUCGUCGAGAAGAGAGCGUGGUUGAAGCGAGGCUGUAA